UCGUUUCUGAGAAGCAACGAGACAUCAUCAUGCCCGAGCCAGCAAAGUCAGCGCCCAAGAAGGGCUCCAAGAAAGCCGUCACCAAGACCGCAGGGAAGGGCGGCAAGAAGCGUAGAAAGUCCAGGAAGGAGAGUUACGCCAUCUACGUGUACAAGGUCCUGAAGCAGGUCCACCCCGACACCGGCAUCUCCUCCAAGGCCAUGGGAAUCAUGAACUCGUUCGUGAACGACAUCUUCGAGCGUAUCGCCGGAGAGUCCUCUCGCCUGGCCCACUACAACAAGCGUUCUACCAUCACCUCCAGGGAGAUCCAGACCGCCGUGCGCCUGCUGCUCCCCGGUGAACUUGCCAAACACGCCGUGUCCGAGGGCACCAAGGCCGUAACCAAGUACACCAGCUCCAAGUAAACAGCGCAUUUGGACUACUCUACUAACCCAAAGGCUCUUUUAAGAGCCACCCACUCUGUCAGUAAAAAGAGCAUUUCCAUCGCCACCGAAUGAAUGCGCAGGUAGGCUGCGUUACAUUGUAGGACCGCGGUUACAUUGUAUCAUUG